CGAAUGCCAGAAAUAAAAUGAACCCGUUACAGUAAUGUUAUAAGAAAAUGAAUGUUCUUGGUAGAAACCUGCUAGCAAACCUUUGUCAGCAUUUUAAGGAAUCGUUCUCUGUAGUUGAAAGCUAAACCAACACUGAGGGAAUCACCAAAAAUGACAGAAAAGAGAAGAUUUCACAUUCCAUCUGCUGCUGAAAUUGAAGACGACAAAAAAGAUGUUGCAGAAAGCUUCAGGCCAACAAACAUUUUCAAGACAUACCGUGAACAAAAAAAGAAUGAUCCUUCAGAUGAGAUUCAGAAUAAGAAACCAAAUCUACAUGAUGUUUCAAUUAAGAAAAAGGCUGAAACUGCAGAAGUUUCACCCUGUCAAAAUAGUCCUGGGAACCUUCAAACAGUCAAAUCCUCAAAUUCAGGUUCACGAUCUACUACUAGAAAUGAUCAAUUUGUAAAACCUUCAGAUUCAAGAAAUACUUUCAUAAAACCCUCCACAUCAAAAGACAAUGCCUCAAAAACUAACAUAUUUGCCAAGAAAGAAGAUUUAAAGCCAGGAAAUGAUUCAGUUGCUAAAACAAAUUCAACAGAAGAAAAUUUUGAUUUGGGAACAAAGGAUGCCCCAAAACUUGCAAUUCCAGGAAAAACGAGUUCACUCUUAGUUCACCAGAGGCAAAGGGGAAAUCCAAUUUUGAAGUUUGUACGCAAUGUUCCAUGGGAAUUUGGUGAUAUAGUUCCAGACUAUGUCAUGGGGCAGACAACUUGUGCUUUGUUUCUAAGCUUACGUUACCACCAGCUAAAUCCAAACUAUAUACAUGACAGAUUAAAACAGCUAGGAAGAAGUUAUGAGUUGCGAGUGUUGUUGGUGCAAGUUGAUAUUAAAGAGCCUCAACACUUGCUUAGAGAACUUGCUAAAAUAUGUAUUUUAGCCGACUGUACACUAAUUCUAGCAUUCUCAACAGAAGAAGCAGGGCGUUAUUUGGAGUCUUAUAAAGUAUAUGAAAACAAACCUCCAGAUGCCAUUAUGGAGAAAACAGAUCAAAACUUUAUGGCUAAAAUGACAGAUUGUUUGACAAAUAUAAAAUCAGUGAACAAAACUGAUGUGGCUACACUGAUUUCAACAUUUGGAUCUUUGAAAGACAUAGCAGAAGCAAGUCAGGAAGACUUAUCUUUCUGUCCAGGUUUUGGACCACAGAAAGCAAAGAGAGUACAUGAUUUGUUUAAAGAACCAUUUCUACGAGCAAAUAAGAAUAAGGAUCACAAAUGAAAAAUGAAUAUUUUUAUACAAGAUGUCAUUUUUUUAGUUUGAAAUUUUGAACUCUAUCUCAUUACCUAUGUCAAUGUAUGUGUUUUCCAUAGGUUCAGCAGAAAAUCUAACUAUUUAUGUAAAAAUAUGAAAUCACCAUUUAAAUUUAUGAUCGUAGUAAGACACUCUAAGACUAAGCAUAAUGUAGACUUUCAGGGGGGAAAAAAAGAUCUCUGUGUAUAUGGUGUGUAUAAUGUAAUUUUUUUUCAGAAAUUGCGGAGAUUUGAUUAUGAAACAUUUACUCUAUAAAAAUAAAUUUCUUUUCCUUUAAAUUUUCUUUUUAAUAAGAACAUGAAGAAGGAAACAAUCUCUUGGGCUAAUAUUUUUAUCAUAAAGACUUAUAGAUUUAAUUAAUAAAAGCAAUAUUAUGUUUUCCAUGUAUCUCAGUUUGCUUUAAUACUGACAAAUAUCUGAUAAUUCAGAGAAAAUCAACAAAAGUCCAGAAAUGGCAGUCAAACUGUUUUGUCGAGUUCUUUACUAAUUGGAUGUCUAGUAAAAUUCAUGAAACUUUCAAAAUUAGCAUUGCAACAUUUCAUUUUCACAGACAUUAUAUAUGGCAUAGCCCCCCUCAGUCAUGAUCUAUUAAAUUUUUCAUAAUUUUCA